UCCAUGACUCCCCUAGGCCUUUAAAAGCACUCCGGCCUCGGUUCCGGAGCGGAACGCGGAGCGGGCCGCGGGCGGAAGAGGGAGCCCUGCCGCGCGUCGAGGGGCUUCUUCCUCCUGCGGCGCCCGCUCGCGCGGCCCGCGGGGUUUGGGGUGGGCAUCUCCCGGGCGACGGGCUCCGCACCAAGAUGGCGGAGGAGAAAGACCGGGAAGGCACAGAGGUAAUAGUGGCAGAAUUCCAUAAGAAGAUCAAAGAGGCUUUUGAAGUGUUUGACCAUGAAACGAAUAAUACAGUGGAUGUGAGAGAGAUUGGGACAAUUAUCAGGUCCCUGGGAUGCUGCCCUACUGAAGGAGAGCUACAUGAUUUCAUUGCAGAGGUAGAGGAAGAGGAACCCACUGGAUACAUUCGAUAUGAAAAAUUCCUUCCAGUGAUGACCAGAGUACUUUUGGAAAGAAAAUACAGACCAAUUGCUGAAGAUGUCCUUCUUAGAGCUUUUGAGGUUUUGGAUCCAGCUAGACGAGGGUUUCUGACUAAAGAAGAACUGGUCAAGUACAUGACUGAGGAAGGUGAGCCUUUUUCUCAAGAGGAAAUGGAAGAAAUGUUGUCUGCUGCAAUUGAUCCUGACUCAAAUUCCAUCAAUUACAGGGACUACAUCACAAUGAUGGUGAUAGAUGAAAAUUAAACGCUCCAAAGACUUAA